ACUAUAUUGGCCUAAGGCAGCAGCUGCAGCAGGUCUUCGGAAAUGUGGAUGUGGAGUAUGUCUAUGCUGCCGAGAUCGAUGCGAUUGCUCGUUUGAUGCUGAACUUGAUUUUGACUCCGGAGUACGUUGCGGAAGGGUUUCUCUCUGCCGCG